AGGAGGAGGCCUUUAAAAGGGUGAUCCGCCUUCGGCGAUGUUUCUCCAGACUUGAGAGCUCACUCAGACGGGAAGAGACCAAGAGUAGUGUUCAAGCAUGACGAAGCUGUCACUGUUCAGCACUCUCAACCUCUUCCUAGCUCUCUUCCUCUGUCCGGGGACGUCCUCCUUCGCCAGUGCAAAGGAUGCAAGCCAUCACUACUUUCAGAUCCUUGCCGCCGACAUCCUGCCGUCGGCGAGGUCACUUUGCAAAGCGGGAGAAGGUCUCCGGAGUACUUACCAGCAAGGACGGGGGGCGCUAAAACUGGUCCACCGGCAUGGUCCCUGCUCCCCUUUCUCCGGCAUCGGGGGAUCGGCGGCGAACGGCAGCCAGCUGACCUUGACGGAGGUCCUCCAGCAGGAUCAGUCCCGUGUUCAGUGGAUCCAUUCAAGGGCGUCCUCAUCCCCAUCUGAUAACAAACAAGUACAGGACCCCUUCCAGGCAGAGGCAACAACACAGCUCCCUGCUCGCCCAGGCGCAUCGUUAAGCACUUUGAACUACGUAGUGACGGUGGGCCUGGGGACACCCAAGCAGGCCUUCAACCUAGCCUUUGACACAGGCAGUGACCUCACCUGGGUCCAGUGCGAGCCCUGCAUCUCAUGUUACCCGCAGCAGGGCGCCAGGUUCAACCCCGCCUUCUCUUCCACCUACCAGAGGGUAUCAUGCACUGCACCCGAAUGCGCCGAGGCAAAGCUCGAGUCCGGCCUUAACCAGUGCUCUGCUUCCGGCUGCCUCUACGGCAUCGUUUAUGGCGACAACUCCGUUACAGUUGGGCAACUUAGCCGCGACAAAUUGACCCUGACUGGGUCCGAUGUACUCCCUGGGUUCACCUUCGGGUGCGGUCAGAAAAACCAGGGGAUCUUUGGGAUGGUUGGUGGUCUUCUUGGUCUUGGCCGGACUCAGCUGUCCGUUGUGUCUCAAGCAAGGAACAAGUACGGCGGUGUGUUCAGCUACUGCUUGCCCACAUCGAACGGUGUGGGACACCUGACCUUCGGGCCCGACCGGUCAUCCUUCAGCUCCGCUCGGUUCACGCCAUUGCUCCCCCACUCUAAGUUCUAUUUCGUCCCCCUCGCCGGAAUGAGUGUGGGUGGACGUCUCCUGCCCGUUUCACCUUCCGCCUUUGGAAGCCAAGGCACCGUCUUAGACUCCGGAACCGUGAUCACACGGCUGCCGCCGGCGGCUUACAGCGCACUGAGGUCCGCCUUCCGUGAUUUCAUGGCCCAACGCAAGUAUCCGCUAGCCCCGGCGGCCACUCUCCUUGAUACCUGCUAUGACCUGUCCAGCUACACAGCAAUUGAGAUUCCCAAGAUCGCGUUCCACUUUCAGGGAGGCACGGACUUGGUCCUGAAUGCUGCCAACAUCCUUCUGGCUUCAAGUUUGUCUCAGGUCUGCUUGGCAUUUGCUGGGAACACCAAAGCAGCAGAUCCGGGCAUCAUAGGGAACUGGCAGCAGAAGACUACUCUGGUUGUGCACGACAUCCCCAAUUCAAAGAUUGGCUUCGGACAAGGAGCGUGCAGCUAAACUUUGUAUGGAUUGAAUCAUUUUCUCAAGGAUAAUACUUGUUGCUUUAUGGUAUAUCACAAUAAUAGAAACGAUUUCACCUUUACUUUA